AUGAGAAUGUGGAGCUUGCUGCGUCUAAGAUUCACCAACCAAGCUGCAGAUGCUGCACCUGCCAUGACCAUCGGAACCGGACUAUCCUUACAGGAUUAUGCCAGCCUGGACAAUAUUGGCUGGAACAGCUACAUCUCAUCGCCGGAUUGGCCUUUGAUGGGCAUCUUUGCAGCGGACGAUUUCCUUUUCGAUGGUUCUACCCUGACCGGCGUGACAGUGCCUGACUCAUACAGUUGUAGCGACCUUCAUGCAUCAGCUAACGACUUUGCCGUUGCCACAAAACCGUCGGUACAGGACGAAGUGACUCCAGAGCUCGUCGGGCAGAUUGCAGCUCACAUAGGCUCCUUGCAUCUUGGACCCGAUGGACAGCUACAAUACUACGGAGCGGCGACCAACUCCCACGUCCUAGGUACUGCCAAGUCGACAGCGAGACCGGUACCAAGAUCUCAAUCCUUGAAGAAUGAAGUGCAUCACCUCCUACAGCAAGCAGACCCCGAUACAUUUGUCGAAGAAGAUCUUGCACAUCACUUUCUCGGCUUAUCCUUUUCGUGUUACAAUUCGUGUCAUGCGAUAGUGGACGCAACACUGUUCUGGUCUGCGCGGAAGCGCUAUCGAGAGCUCGACGAGCCAUAUGGCCUAUACUCGGAAGUGCUUGAUAACAUGAUGUGUGCAAUUGGUGCAAGCCACGAUGCUCGCUAUCACUCUCGGCUGUCAACGUUUCCACGAACACUCGCGGAGUUCUUCGCUGAUCGUGCGAAAGCGCUUCUGGACUUCGACCUCGAUGAGCCGUGCAUAUCGACUGUUCAGGCCCUCGUACUGCUCAGCAGUCACGAAGCAGGGAUUCAGAGACUGGCUCGUUCGUCGAUGUACAGUGAUGAGUCGUUCUGUAUGGCAAUGCGAUCAGCGUUCGAUUUGGGACUUCAUGUGCCUGUUCAGCCGUACAUUGCAUAA